GAUAAUAACCGGCCGUGAGAAUGAUGGUUGUUGUCGUUAAGAUUUAAUUUUUAAUACCUAUUGGCUAUUACCUAUGUUCAACGCGUUUUUGGAUUGAUAAGUGUUACUGUCUAGUAUUAUUUUUAAUUUAAUUUUUUAUUGUUCAACUCGUGUUUUAUAAUAUUUCCAAUAGUACGUAACCUGUGUGAAAUGUCAACAGCUUGAUUUCAAUUUGUUCUUUAGUUUAGCGAGCGUAAGAGCAACACCAAAAUGAGUACACACGUUAAAGGAUCAUGUGUUGAUGUUUUGGAUUUUAAAUGUCCGGCAUUCUGUAAUCUUCGGAUUUUCAAAGAAGGACACCAAUUUGACAAAUAUGCUGCCAUGAUCAUCAAUUCUAACCGAUUUGGGAUAACAUUUAUUGCUUCUCCCAAUCAGCUAUGUUUGAUUUCAAUGAAACAUGUUCGUCAACUAGUUGGUGAUUUUGGUGUUGAAAAAAAUACAUUAACAGAUUUUUUAAGACGUGAAAUUGAAUUAGAUUAUUCUCCAAACUUUUUGGAUCUUAGCUGUGAUGAAGAAUAUAUAGCAGUUGCAGGAAUUUUGAAUUCAAAAACUUCUAUUGUUAUUUACAGUGUUGAAGAUUUAAUUUCAAAAGAUUAUCCAUCUCCAUUAGUAGUGGUUGAACUCGCAGCUACCCAGGAAUCGCAUGUAAUAGAUAUGUCCUGGAAUCCUGGUGUAAAAAAUUCUUUGGCCUGUUGUUUGUCUGACGGUUCUUUACAUAUUAUAGAUUUGAAAGAUGGUGGAACGUACAGUGUUGUCAGUUUACCGCCACAAUCAAGUACACUAUGUUUGAGUUGGAGCCCUAAAGGAAAACAAAUAAUAAUUGGCAGUUCAAAUGGGUCUUUGACACAGUACAAACCUGAACUCAAAGCUAUGAAACAGUAUUUACCUCCAACUGAUGUAACAGGAAAUGUAAAACCUAUUAAAAUAAAAUGGAUAUCAAAUUUUCAAUUUGCAGUCGUCUAUGAUUUUGUAGAUAACAUAGAUAAUCAACAAAAUCUUUACAUUCUCAAUACUCCGAAAAAUGCACCAGUGGAAUUUAUCAAUUUUGAACAAUAUGUUGUAAUGAAUUCUGAACAGUAUAGGUUAAAUCAAUAUUAUACAAUAUUUCAACAAAAUUGGAAUCUUUUAUUUGUUGGUUCUUCAAAUUGUACAGAAAUUGGUAUUAUGGGAAUAAAUAAUGAAAAUCAUUGGCAAUGUUGGAUGUUAGAAACAAGACCAGAGUUACCAUACAGACUUGAUAAACAAAUGUAUCCUAUUGGAAUGUCAUUAGAUCUUUCUUCUCAAAUGCAAAUAAAACAAUUAUCUAAAUCAAAUGAAGAAAUAUUUCUUGACCCAAUGCCAGUAUUAUGUGUUUUAUCAAGUGAUGGUAUAUUAUUUAUGUAUCAUAUUGAAAAUCAGUUAGCUGAUUCCAAAAAUAUAUGUAAACCACCAACAGAAAUAUCGGAUAAAAUAAUAUCUCGGCUAUUUACUACCAGUUCUAAAAUAAACAAUCUAGUAAUUGAACCAACUAGUGUGACUGAAAUAGUAGAACAAGGAGAAGAAAUUAAUGUUGUUGAUGAAAAAGCUAGAGGUGAUCAUAAUGAAUCGGUUCUCGCAAGUUAUUUAGAAACGUCAACUACCUCUGAAGUCGAACAACCACAAAUAUUAGAUACACCAACAAUUUCAGUAGUUAAGCCAAAUAUUCCUGAAGUAUCUACUGAAACUGUUACACCUGUACAAAAUAUUUCAAGUCAAACAAAUCUUCCUGAUAACAAUACUUCAACAGAUGAAACUGUAAGUCAAGAAAUGUUAAAAGAAGUGUUAGAAGAUGUACAAAUAUUUCAAUUACAAUUAGAAGAUAUCUUGAAAUUAUCAUUAAAUACUAGUACACUUAAGAUUGGUGAUGAAAAAGAUAAAGAAAUACUUAUGAAAAAAUGGACAUCAUUAGAUUCAUUUUUCAAAGAAUUAAAUGAAACAAAUCGCUCACAGUGGGUGGAAUGUAAAUCUCUUCAAAAAGCAGUGUUGGAUUCAAUUGCUUGGGUGGAGGACUCAAAGUCUCGUUUAUUCUUUUUAAAAAACCCAAAAUUUAAAUGUCUAUUGAGGAAUGAUAGUGAUGAGCCUUUUAGUAAAACACUGUUUGACAAUAUAGAACGUACAUUAUACUACAUUGAAACUCAAUUAACACAUGUUGACGAUCAAUUGAAAGCUAGAUAUGAUAGUUAUAAUCCAAACAAUAAAGAAUUGAAAAUACCUUGUUUGGAAACUAUUUAUAAAUCAUUGGUCGUAAAUACAAAUAUAGUAAACAAACUAAAGGAAAAAAUUAAUUAUCUAUAUAGUACAGUAGAAGAAAUGAAGUAUAGAACAUUUAAAAAAUUGUCAUUAGCACCUGAUGUUGUGCAAAAUACUUCUAAAUUACACGAAUCUCGUGAUGUUGGCUUAUCAAAACUUUCAGAACAAUUAUUAAAAAUUACUUUAGACAAAGACGGUGUGUCUGCUAUUAAUUCAUAUAAUGUUGCUAAAAAAUACUCUGUAUUGUCUGCAAAUCAAAGGGCACUUUCAGAUUCUAAAGUUAAUAAACUUCAAGAAUGGUUGAAAGAUUUUAAAACAAGGCGCACAAAAAUAACUAGAUCUCAAUAUGCAAAUAUAGAUCUCAGUAGACCAAUGUGUAGUACACCAUUAAAAUCAGCAUCAAAAUCCAAAAUUCAUGAAAAAAACAUUGAUUUUACACCUUUUGUGACAAAAGAUAAUUUUGUGCCUACACUACCACAACCAUCUACAUUAUUGAACAAAAACUAUAAUAUUAGUGAACGAAACGCCACAGAUAUUAAUUUACAACCAACAUCACAGCAUGAUUUGACACAAUUCCAAAAACCUUUAUUAAUACCACCAACCACACAGCAAAAAAAUCCAGUAACCCCAAUUGUAGCUCCUUGUACUCCAGGAUUUACAUUAGGAUCUAAACCUGUGCUAACAAAUACUGUCUGGAAUCCAAUGGAUAAUUCAUCAACUCCUAAACCACUUGCACCAAAUGAUUACAAGGGUUUUACGAAAGACCCAAUUGUUUUUAGUACUGCUAAUACUGUUCCAUUAUUUGCUAAUAAUGUGACUUGUACUACUGUUUCUAGUAAAAAUCCUGUAGAUUUUAGUUUAAAAACAUUAACAGCUACUCCUUUAAAUUUCAGUAAUUCCAGUAAUAUUGUUUCCACUAAGUCUACUUUAGAUGUUAUUUCAGGAACAACAGAAACAAAAGAAAAAAUAUUAUCAUUUAAUUUUUCCAAUGUGUCUACUGCAAAAUCAGAAAAAACUGUACAAAAAUCUAAUGGCACAUCAACUUUUAAUUUUGCUGAUUCUAUUAAAAAUAAAAUGGAUAAUCUAAAUAACGUACCAAUAUCUACAUUAAGUUUUGAAGCACCAAAAACUUCAGAAACUUCAAGUAUUUUUUCUGGAUUUAAUGCUGAAAAUAAAUCAAAGAAUAACCAAGAAAAGCCUUCAGAAAAAGAAGCAACCACAUUUAAGUUUAAUUCAAAACCAGAUACAGUAUCAUUUUCAUCGUUUAGUUUUACCACACCCAAAGAAAAUAUUUCAAAAUCUUCAGAAUCUGAGACUAAAUCAUUUAUUUCUGUACCAACUACUUCGGUGACUGCUUCAUUUAAUUUUUCAUUACCACCCAAAACAAAUCCUAUAGUAAGUGAGCCUGUAGAUUCCCCAACAGUAUCAUCCAGUUUUGGAACUGUCAAAACUGCACUUGAUUUUUCUACUGUAUCGGCAACUGUAGAAAGCAAUGUUACUGAAUCUACUCCCCAAGUCUCUGAAAGUCCAACUCCAAUAAUAUCUGAACCAAUCACGCCGGAAAAAGAAGAGUCUCCUAAAUUUCCAGUUACUGCCAGCAGUGCGCAAAUUUUUGAAAUUCCAUCAACAAAUGUUUCAAUUUUUGGUGCAUCUAUUAAAUCAACUAGCACUACAAGCAUUUUUGGAAAUUCAACUACAACAACUACAACAAGCCAAGCAACAAUUUUCAGUACACCUACAAAUAAAACUAGUGCUCCUUCAAUUUUCAGCACGCCUACAACAACAAGUGCCCCAUCAAUUUUUAGUACACCCACAAAUACAACUUGUGCGCCUUCAAUUUUUAGUACUCCUACAAGCACAACUGUCUCUUCCAUUUUUGGUGCAACUACAAGCACAACCAAUGUUUCUUCAAUAUUUGGAUCACCAACUAAUACAAGUAUAGCACCAUCAAUUUUUGGUGCCUCGUCUACUACAGCCUCAUCAUCGAUCUUUGGAAACUCAAUUAAAAGCACUUCAUCUAUAUUUGGUUCUCCAUCUACAACUACUGUGUCUUCUAUGUUUGGAUCAAUUACAACAACAAAUACUACAAGUGUUUUUGGAUCCACAGCUCAGACCACAACUUUUGGUGCUCCUACUACAAGUUCUUCAAUAUUUGGUAAUCCAGCUGCUCCUGCUACAACAAGUUCUUCAAUUUUUGGUAAUCCAACUGCUCCUGCUACUACAAGUUCUUCAAUAUUUGGUAAUCCAACUGCUCCUGCUACAACAAGCUCUUCAAUAUUUGGUAAUCCAACUGCACCUUCUACAACAAGUUCUUCAAUAUUUGGUAAUCCAGCUGCUCCUACAUCAUCUGGUUCAAUAUUUGGUUCACCGUCCUCAAACACUUCAUCUGUUUUUGGAGCACCAGUUACAACUAGUACAUCAUCUAUUUUUGGGUCUCCUUCAACAACAGCUGCAUCUAGUGGGUUAUUUGGAUCAGUAGCUGCUGCAGCUAACCAAUCAUCAUUUGGUCAACCUACAUUAGGAUUUAGUUCUCCUGGAUCAGCAUUUGGCAAUAUGUCUCUUUUUGGUCAAUCGGCAUGUAGUCCAUCUCAACCAGCAAAUAGUUUUGCCCCUGCUGCUAAUCCUUUUGCUGUAAACAAAACUGCUUCAAGUACACCAUCACUGUUUUCUAGCCAAAAAUCUGUAUUUGGUCAACCACCAGCAAGUACACCUAAUACAGGCUUUGGAGUACAAAAUUCAGGAUUUGGUGCUACUGCUAGUACUGGAUUUGGUAGUCCUGCUAUUGUUGGUCAAUCAAAUAAUUUAGGUUUUGGAUCUCCUCCAAUGUUUGGUAGUAUGGGAACUACCUCUUCUGGUUUUAAUCAAACACCUGUGUUUGGAGGAGCCGCCACUUUUGGAUCAACAGCUCCAACAUUUGGACAAAAUGCGGGAAAUUUUGGAUUUGGUUCAGCUGCUCAACAACCAUCAACUGCAUUUGCUUCUCUCGCGACUCAAAACACUUCACCGAGUUUUGGUAAUAUAGCACAAAACCAAAACACUGGUUUUGCUUCUCCAACCACUCCUGGAUUUGGUCAACCACAACAAACAAGUCCAUUCAAACCUCAAGGAACUACAUUUGGGGGAACCUCAUUUAGUUCUUGGCGCUAAGAAAAAAAUCUAACACCAACAAUAUCCAAUAUCCUUACUAUUUUUUUAUGUAUUCUAAUAAAAUGUAUAUGUUACAAUUAAAAAUAUUCCAAAUUCUAAUUAAUGUGUACACAAUUGUUGAAAAAUAAAAUAUCAUGUUUAUUUAUAUAA